UUCAGCUGUUGGGGGAGGCGUGAAUAAUCAAAUUGUAUGACACAUCCGCUUUAUAAAUACACCAACGACUUAGGAAGUGUGUUCCAUUCAUUCAGAAAACGUCGUCGCGAAAUUGUUGGUUGCAUAUAGUUUCUGGUCAAGCGCUGCGUAGAUUCGAAAACGAAAACUACAAAAAAAAAAACACAAAAAAUGAAAGUAAAAGUUUGCAUAGCCAUUUUGGCUUUGUUGGCAUUGACAGUGCGUGAAAGUGAUGGUUCCGUAAAAGGAGAACCAAAAGAAAGUGACAAUGGUGGUUCAUUGGUAGUGGCGCUUGAAGAAGUUAAAACUUCAAAGUCCAAUAUUACCGAUACCAAUGAUUCUCAAAAAUCUCAAAACAACAAACAUAAGCGUGGAAUAUUUCAUUAUGGAAAUUAUGGAACAGGAGCUGCAUUAGGAUGGCCUGGUCAAUAUGCAUCGGUUUAUGGAUAUAACCUUCAAUUACCACCCCAAGGAGUACAUCUUGCACGAGGAUUCCCAUCAGCAGUGCACAGUCAUCCUGGUUUACAUGGUUAUCCGGUUGCUCAUGGUAUUCCCACAGGAUAUGGUCUGCCUGCUUUGCAUGGAGUGCAUGGUUAUUCCGCAGUACAACCUUUCCCGGGAAUACAAACUUUACAUGGUGUUCAUUCCCAUGGGAUUCAAUCUUUUCAUGGAGUUCCGUCAGUUCAUGCAGUACAACCAGAUCACGGGGUUCAUGCCAUACAUCCAGCUCAUCCAGUAACUCAUGGAGUGCCAGCUGUUCAUGGGGUAUCAGCUGGAGUACCAGCAGUACAAUAUCCAUGGCAGUUUAAGUCACAUACCCCAUCGCAUGGCCAUGGGACACCUUUCGUUCUGAAACCUGGUGGUGCUGUAGUUUCAUCAUUCAAUGUGAACUAUCCACAACAUCAUCACCAUCAACAUAUUCCAACUGGUGUAGCAUUCCCAGGUGUUGCUGCAUCGAUUCCCGUGACUCCAGUUGCAGCACCAAUUCCUGUAACUCCUGUUGCCGCAGCUAUACCCGUAGCACCAGCAAGACCAGCUCCACCAGUUGUCCCAUCAAUUCCCGUGGUUUCUUCUGUACCACACUCACCAGUUAUUCCAUCUUUCCCGUCACAGCCAAACUUCCCAGUUUUUGUUCAAGUAGUUCCACCAAAACCUACUUUCACAACUCCAAUUGGACCCGCUGUACCACCACAGCAAUUUUUCCCCAAUGUUGGCGUUCUUCCACUGCAACCCCUUCAACCUUCUCGGCCACAAAGGCCAUCAGGAGGAAGCGCUGAAGCUUCACCACAAAUUCCAUCUUCUCAACUACCUCCAUCUCCUACGCAACAGCCAUGGCGGCCAGUUUUAAAUCCACAACAGCCCCAUCAACCUCAGCAGCCUCAAUUUCCACAACAACCACAGGUUCCACAACAACCACAAUUUCCACAACAACCACAAUUUCCACAACAACCCCAAUUUCCACAACAACCUCAAUUUCCACAACAACCUCAACAGCCUCCAACAACAGUUUCAACUACUCCCGAUUUAAACAGACCAUCAAUAACACUUUUGCCACCUUUUGUUAGCAGACCACAAAGUGGCGAGGGUAUUCUGCCAGAACAAAUUCCCAACAACAACAAUAACCCACAAUCACAAGGCUACCAUUAUGGUAUUGGAGAAAGUGUGCAACCAAGCUUGUUAGACGGUCUAACAGAUGAGGAAAUUCAAGGAGCUAUUGCUCAGGCUAACUUUCAAGCACAACUGCAUCAGAACAGCAACAACAAUAACAACAACCUAGGCUAUCAGUAUUAGGUUACUUCCCAUCCUUUAUGUGUCAAGUGCCAAACGAGAUAUAGCUUGUAAGAUUGAUAAGUUUAUUGUAGUAUUUAUUUAAUUUUAUGUAAAUGUUUAAGAACAAUGAAAUAUUAGACAAAUUAUAAUAUGUAACUAUAUUUUAGUCUUUUAUGCUAAUAAGUACUUAAGAAAUUGAUUCCAGAGAAUUCUUUAAAUAAAUUACGAAAAAUCUAUCUUA